AUGGCCUUUUAUCUAUGGCUUCUCGGCGUCGUUUGGACAUCGUUUGCACAAGCCGAUGUUGAGCCAUACUACGCAUCUGCGGAUUACGAUAAAGGUGAAUUCGGGCCUUGGCCGCUGCAGUCGUAUAAGUCCUCCUCUCUUGUAGGACCUGUGGUGAACUAUCUUUUUCGCGCCGAAGAGUGCAACAAAGAUGGGAAAUAUACGUUUAUUACGCCGCGUGGAUAUAGUGUUCCGCAGGCAGGGCCAUUGAUUCUCGAUAAACAUGGAAGUUUAGUUUGGACAAAAGGCUAUGGGCCAUCAUACGAUUUCAAUGUCCAGAGAUACAAAGGAGAAAAUUAUCUUACUUUCUGGGUGGGCAAUGAUGACCUAGUUGGGCAUGGGAGUGGCAGCUAUUAUAUGUUAGAUUCUUCCUAUAAAGAAGCCUACAAAGUAAGCGGCGCCAAUGGUAAAGCCGCUGAUCUCCACGAGUUUCGCAUUAUCCAUGAAAAUACAGCAGUUCUGACCUUGUACAAUGUCCUACCAGCAAAUCUCUCAUCAAUGGGCGGACCGGAGAAUGGGUAUAUUUGGGACUCUGGAUUUCAAGAACUAAAUAUUGAAACUGGUGAAGCAAUAUUUGAAUGGUGGGCUUCCGCUUACUUUGGCUACGAUGAAGCAUAUAGAGGCAUUGAGGGCGAGGGAGAGGAGAAAAACACUGCGUGGGACUAUUUUCACAUCAACAGUGUAGACAAAGAUCAAGAUGGAAAUUAUCUGAUUUCCUCGAGAUAUAUGAACUGUCUUACCUAUAUUAAUGGGACCAGUGGAGACAUUAUAUGGAAACUUGGAGGGAAACAUAACAUGUUUGUCGAUCUAUCCGGUGGCGCGGCCACAAAUAUCAGCUGGCAACACGAUGCCCGCUUUCAAAAGAACGAUACAGCUAUAACGCUGUUCGACAAUGCUUCUCGGGGUAGCGAUGGAUUUUCUGUCGGCGAUGGAACAUCCGAAGAAUACUCGAGUCGGGGACUCUACCUUGAUAUUGACAAAACAAACUUGACUGUGAAGGUGCGAUAUACAUACUGGAAUCCCCGAGGAAUCACUAGCAUUUCCCAGGGGUCCGUACAACUUCUCGAAGAUGAUCGUGUGAUUGUAGGGUACGGGAUAAACGCAGCCUGGACUGAGUACACACUUGAUGGACAGGUUCUUUGUGAUGUGCACUUCGGCCCUGAAUCAGGCUUUGGUACUAAGGACAUUGUCUCUUACCGAGCAUCUCGACAUGCUUGGGUUGGUAAACCUAAAACAUUACCAGAUAUCGCCGUACAUGACCACAAAAUAUAUGUGAGCUGGAACGGAGCCACAGAAGUGGCAGACUGGGUUCUAGAGGGAGCAAAGACCAAAAUGUCGACAGCUGAGUAUCAUGUCAUAGUCUCUCAACCUAAAGAUGGCUUUGAGACUGUUAUCUUGGUUCCAGAAAAUCCGUCUUACCGGUUUAUCCGUGCUCGUGGUCUCGAUCGAUCUGGUUAUUUUCUCGGCCACACAAAGGUGAUGGCGGAGAACGGCCCUCUAGAAAUGAAGAUUGGGCUGUAUGGGGCUACCAUUAUAAUACAAACGGUAGAUACAUCUGACCUAAGUUAA